AUGGAUCCGUUUAACGAAGUCCAAGAAGACGCCUGGGGGAUGCUCAAGACCCUUGACGGGCUUGUCCAACAGCGCCGAGAUUCGAAAAUCGACCCUCGAGCCGUGGGAUCCGACUUCUCCAAUAACUGGCAAGAACUCGAGGAGAUCUAUACCGACCUCGAGCAAGCCCUCGAAAUCUCGGCGAAGAACCCGGACAAGUUCCGUUUGAGUCCCAGUGAUAUUGAAAAACGACGUCGAGUAUUGCUUGAUCUUGCCCAGCGAAUGGAAGCCACCAAACGAGCGUGGGAUGAAGCUAAUCUGCGACUUACACCUCAAGAGGUUACCACUAUGAGCAAUAGACUCAGUUACGAAGAGAACCCUUUCGCUGAUGCUAAUCAACCAGGACACAGCUGGCAGCAGCAGCAGAUGCUUGAAGAACAGGACGUCCAGCUUGAUCUGAUCCACCAAACUAUGCGCAAUUUGAAUCAACAGGCUCAGCUCAUGGGCAGCGAGCUCGAAGAACAAGGGUUCAUGUUGGACGACUUGGACCGUGACAUGGAUAACGUCGACAACAAGCUCCAGCGCGGGGUGAAGCGCAUCAACAAGUUCAUCGAGAAGAACAAGGAGCGCGCCUCGGACUGGUGUAUUGGGAUCUUGAUGGUGGCGUUGGUGGUGUUGUUGGUGGUGAUUGUCAUUGCAUGA